UACAAGCUAAAAGUUGUGGGACAAGAUGACUACUCCUUCAGGUUAUAUGAACAUGGCGGUUCCUAUUAUGAUCAUCUGGUUGCUGAUCAUUCUUAGCCUUUGCAGUGAAGCUAUCCCUGAAUACAGAUACCAUGUAUGUCCAAACACAACCACUUUCACACCAAACAGCACCUACCAAUCUAAUCUCAAUCAACUUCUCUCUUCCCUCACAUCCAAUUUCACUCGCGAUACCGGAUUCUACAACAUCUCUGUUGGCCAAGACCCCGGAACGGUUGUUUAUGGCUUGUUUCUAUGCCGUGGCGACGUAACAAUAACUGUGUGCCAAGAAUGUUUGACAACUGAAGCCAAAGAUUUAGUUGAGGAAUAUUGUCCCACAGAAAAGGUGGCUGUAAUAUGGUACGAUCAUUGUAUGGUACGCUAUUCGAAUGAAUCCUUCUUCGGUAGGAUGGAUAGAGAACCUACCGUUAUUUUGGUGAACACGAGAGAAACUGCUGAUCCAUUCCAAUUUGAUCAGCUGGUUCAAGUAAUAGUAUCAAUGAACGACACGGUGAGAAGGGCCAUGGAUGCUUCAACUGUGAAGCUCCUUACCGUUCCAUGA